AUGUCCUAUUUUCCAAUUCAUCGUUAUCGUUUAUUCGAUGAUCCAUUUGAUCGAUUCUUUGGUAAUCAAUUGAAUUUUUUUGAUCCAUGGCGUGAUUUUGAUACGUUUCCAACAAAUUUUCCAAGAUUUUCAAAUAGAUUUCGAUGGAUUCAUGAACCACGUCGAUUAGGAAAUAAUUUUUCUGGUGGUAAUAGUCUUAUUGGUGGUAAUACUCUUACUGGUGGUAAUAGUCUUAUUGGUGGUAAUAGUCUUAUUGGUGGUAAUAGUCUUAUUGGUGGUAAUACUCUUACUGGUGGUAAUAGUCUUAUUGGUGGCAGUACUCUUCUUCCUAUUACAAGUACUAUACCGGUACAAUCAGAAAAAUAUCGUGUUCAAUUGGAUGCAGCUGGUUUUAAUCCAGAUACAAUAAGAACAAGAAUUGAAGGUCGAAAAAUAAUUGUCGAAGGUAAGCAAGAAGAUCGUCAAUUUAAUGGUGAUUUUAAUGUUCGAGAAAUUCGAAAAACAUAUGAUCUUCCUGACAAUGCUGAUUCAAACAAUUUUGCUUCAUUUGUUACUCCAAAUAAUAUGCUUGUUGUUGAAGUACCUAUUAAUAUUUCUCGAAUAGAACGGCAUUCAUUUCCAACAUUUGCUGAUUCUAAUGCUCUUUCAUUAUUUGGACAAUUUCGUGAUCCUAUUUUUGAUUAUCCAGGUUUUAUGGGUUCAUCGGAAUUUCGUCCACGAAUUAUUGAUUUAGGUAAUGGACAAAGACAAAUAAAAUUAUCUUUAUCAGUAAAAAAUUAUCGACCUGAACAAAUUAAAGUUUCAGUUAGAAAUAAUGAAUUACAUAUACAAGCAGAACAUACUUAUAAUGAUAGUAAUCGUUCUGAACAAUCAUUUUUAACAAAAUCUAUUACAUUACCACCUGGUACACAAGUUGACCAACUACGAUCACAUCUUAGUAUUGAUGGACAAUUGGAAAUUGAAGCACCAUUUAUUGAACCUACACAAACGCGUUCAAUUCAAGUUCAACAUUGGUAA